GGUGAAAGGUUAACUGCAGGCGCUGCUGAGCUUUCAAACUGCGUUGUGUUCAGCGUGUAGGGAACCGAGAAGAAGAGGGGAUGAUGCUGAUAUUACGGCCGACGGCAUUGUGGGUCUCGAAAGGGCGGGUGGUUUUCCAAGGAAGGAAGUUUUCGGGGGCUCUGCAUCAGCAAGGUAAAAAUCAUGUUGAUGAAUCUUCACUCCGGCCACUAUAUAUGGAUGUCCAAGCAACUACCCCUAUGGACCCAAGGGUUUUGGAUAGCAUGCUGCCGUAUCUUGUGCAUUACUAUGGCAACCCACACUCUAGAACUCAUGCAUAUGGUUGGGAAAGUGAAACUGCAAUGGAAAAAGCCAGACAGCAAGUUGCAUCAUUAAUAGGAGCAGAUCCUAGAGAAAUUAUUUUUACCAGUGGCGCCACAGAAUCAAACAAUAUAGCAAUUAAGGGUGUUGGAAGAUUUUAUAAAUCCAGAAAGAAACAUAUAAUUACAACACAAACUGAACACAAAUGUGUGCUAGAUUCUUGUCGUGCCCUAGAAGCAGAGGGCUUUCGAGUCACUUACUUGCCUGUAAAGAAAAAUGGCCUUAUAGAUAUAAAGGAACUGAAAAAUGCAAUAGAACCUGAUACGAGCCUAGUGUCGAUAAUGACUGUAAAUAAUGAAAUAGGAGUGAAACAGCCAAUUGGUGAUAUUGGUGACAUUUGCAGUUCCAAUAAAGUUUUUUUUCAUACAGAUGCUGCACAGGCAGUUGGAAAAAUCCCUCUGGAUGUCAGUGAUAUGAAAAUUGAUUUAAUGAGCAUAAGUGGCCAUAAAAUAUAUGGUCCCAAAGGGGUUGGUGCAAUUUAUGUCCGGCGGCGACCAAGAGUAAGAGUGGAACCUAUACAGAGUGGAGGAGGUCAAGAGCGAGGAUUACGUUCUGGAACUGUGCCAACUCCAUUAGUAGUUGGCCUUGGGGCAGCUUGUGAAUUGGCACAACAAGAAAUGGAGUAUGACUAUAAACGAAUUAGCUUAUUAGCUGAUAGGCUAAUCACAAAAAUAAUAUCAGAAGUUCCUGAUGUUGUAAUGAAUGGAGAUCCAAUGCAUCGAUAUCCAGGCUGCAUCAAUUUAUCAUUUGCGUAUGUGGAAGGAGAAAGCUUGCUGAUGGCCCUGAAAGAUGUGGCACUCUCUUCUGGAAGUGCUUGUACAUCUGCAUCUUUGGAACCGUCAUAUGUAUUACGUGCUAUUGGAGCAGAUGAGGAUUUGGCUCAUUCAUCCAUAAGAUUUGGAAUUGGACGUUUUACUACAGAAGAAGAAGUAGAUUAUACUGUAAAUAAAUGUAUACAACAUGUGAAAAGAUUAAGAGAAAUGAGUCCAUUGUGGGAGAUGGUACAGGAUGGAAUUGAUUUGAAGAGCAUUAAAUGGACACAGCAUUAAAAUACGUAUAUAUCAGACUGCAUGGUUGUGGAUUAAAUGUUUCUGUUCAUACCUGAGGAAAAGUAUAUAGUUUUAAGUGUGCAAUUCCUGUGUGACCAGUGAAAUGCAUUUUUUAAAUACAGGGCCUGAAUACUAAUUCUAAUAUAAGAGUUUUGUUUUGUGCAUUUACUUUCACAUAAAGAAGUAUACAUGGACAUAAAGUAUGCUGACACCAAAGAAGUUGCGGUACUUUUAUUUUUAGAUGAUCUUGUCACCGCUUGGUAUAAUGAGACCUCAGAAUUGUAUUAUUUUGGAAAAAUUGUUGGUUUUGUUGGUCUUCUGUAAGCAUCAGGAGGCCAUUCUGAAUGUAUUUUAUCAUAUUACUUGCAGAAACAUAUUAUACAUUCAGAAAUAAUGUUUCUUAUAGAAAGGAAUUUACUAUACUAAAUCCUAUGUCUUAUGCUUACGCACUGGUGCUUGUUAUGUAGCAGUGAGCAUGCUAAGCUAACUAAAUCUAUAGGUAGAUUUCCGUAUAUAAAGUUCAAAUGAAAGUGAAAUAAUUAAUGUUAUGUAUUUCAUGUAAAAGCUGCACCGAUGAAAUUGUUGUGCUUAAACAAGUAAUAGAAAAGAAUAUGGAAUACAAUAAGAAUCUCUUUUUCACAUUUGUAGACCAAGAGAAAGCAUUUAAUAGAGUUUGUAGGAAAAUAUUAUGGCAAACACUGACCUAACAUGGAGUAAGUGAACAUGUUAUUAUAGAAUGCAAAAGCUUAUGGUGAUUGCAGAAGUAUAGUCAGAACAAACCAAAGAAUAUCAGAACUCUUCACAGUAAUGUUCAGAAUAAAACAGGCAUUUGUACUGUCACCAUUAUUGUUUAUCAUUAUAUUGACAGCAUAAGCAAAGACGACAAACCCCAAAAUGGAAAUAAUAUCAACGAACUACUCUUUGCAGACAAACAGGCGUUGAUAGCAAGUACAGCUAAGAAACUGCAACAAUGUCUUAUGGCGAUGAACCAAGAAUGCCAGACAAAUAAUAUGAGAAUUAGCAAAGA